AUGAAAAAUAAAUUCAUGAAACAUUAGAAGCAAUAUACAAAAUUCAUAAUCUAAAAUAGAUUGCAGUUGAUUUAGAUUUAACAGAAAAGGUAUGGAUUUAAUUCUUACGUAGUAAGUGUUUAGUAGAGAAACUAAAUAAUAAUAAUAAAGUGAAUAAUUUAAGGUUUUAUAAAAAGAAGUCAAGUCUAAAGAGAAUCAAGCAAGACUCAACUAUUAUAAAAAUAUAUGAGACCAAAUAUGGAUUUUAAAUCAUCAGUAAAUGAUUCUUUGGAGAAGAUCUUAAAAUAGAUAUAUUAAUAUAUAUAUCAAAUUUAACGAGAAAAUAAGAAUUAUUAGAAUAUGAAAAUUACUUUAAGACAUAAAAUUGUUAUCUGAAUUAUAUUCUAAAGAAUAAUAGAAAUUAACUAAACUAUUAGAGGAUAAUCAAUUCAUCGAUAAAAUAUAAGGGCAAUUUGAACUCUUAUUCAAUAGUUCUGAAUACUUUUAGAAGCUAGAUGCAUUAAAAAAAAAAAUUAAAGAUAUUAUGGAAACUUCCUUAACUACUUAAAAUGACUUUGUAUAUUUUAUUAAACAUAGAAAAAACCAAGUUUAAGUAGACUCUGCAAUAAUCAUAAAAAGAAAAUUAUUAUGAUUGA